GACCGGUUAUCCGGGCGAAUGCCAACUGAUACACUGAUUGACAACGGGGACAAUUACGAGUGACAAGGGUGAUAACCAUGGUUGAUAAGAGUGAUGCCGGUCGUCCGAUACAAGGAGGCACUUUGAGAGCGUCAAACACAUUUCCUGGAGAUAGACAUCUAAUUGAACUAUGGGCACCAAAUUCUCAGCCACUUAACAAUACAACUUCUUCUGAUCCUCUAUCUGGCCAAGAAAAUCAAAACUAUGGAAUCUACUAUGAGGACAUCACCUUCCGCGACAUCCUCUUUGAUUCAAGCUUCCGAGGAGGAGGACUUCUGGUGAUCGAUUCAGCCAGGAUCCGCAUAAACAAUUGCUUCUUCCUCCAUUUCACCACUGAAGGAAUUCUAGUCGAAAGAGGCCACGAGACCUUCAUAUCAAGCUGCUUCCUCGGGCAACACUCAACAAUCGGAGGUGACAAAGAGGAGAGAGAUUUUUCGGGCACUGGCAUUGUUCUUGCUAGCAAUGACAACGCAAUCACAGAUGUCGUUAUCUUCUCAGCUGCCACAGGAAUUAUUUUAAAGGGUCAAGCUAACAUGGUCACCGGGGUACAUUGUUACAACAAGGCAACAUAUUUUGGUGGUGUUGGAAUUCUAGUUCAAGCUGCACAAACUAGAAUAGACAAUUGUUACCUAGAUUUCAAUGCUAUAGUGAUUGAAGACCCAUCUCAAAUCCAUGUUAGUAAUGGGUUUUUUCUUGGAGAUGGUAACAUUGUGUUGAAAUCAAUUAAAGGACAAAUCUCAGGGCUGACCAUAGUCAAUAACAUGUUUUGUGGGGCACCACAAAACAUGGUACCCAUUGUGAAGUUAGAGGGACAAUUCACAUCCAUUGAUCAAGUGGUCAUUGAUCACAACAAUGUGAAUGGGAUGAGUUUGAAAUCGACAGUGGCAAAAUUGGCGGUGGCGGGGAACGGGACAAGGUGGGUGGCAGAUUUUUCAUCGGUGUUGGUGUUUCCGAACCGGAUAAAUCAUGUCCAAUACUCAUUUUAUUUCUCUCCAGGGUUUGUAGGGUUUCCAGGACAUGGAGUGACAAACGUUUCAAGCAAUGUGGUGGUUGUGGAGAGUGAUAAGGCAGUUGAUGGGGUGGUUUUCAUGGAAGUUGAUCAAUAUAACAUGGUAGGAGAGAGAAACUUUCUCAUGCGAAGUAGAGAAAUUGUACAAUUCCAUUGAUUUUGGUUUCAUGAUAGAGUGAAAGUAAUUGAUUUUGAAUUCAAUAUAAAUGUUUUCACCUACUUUUUCAGUAUUUUGUUUUGACUAUAGUGUUGAUUUGACCAAUUUGUCUACGUUGGUUGGAUUCUUCUUAGGUACUAACAUUUUAUUAAUUAGUAGUUAUUGAAGUUGAUGAAAGUGC